ACUUGGUCUUUUCUUUUUUUUUUAUACUAGUCUUAGUCCUUUUUUCUUUGUUAUUGUCAUUACUUUUACACUAUAUUGAAUAAAAUGAGCGCUUGGCAGCCAACUGACCAAGGUCUAUCCGAAAUAUUACAACUCUUACGUGAAGCGGUCAACCCUACCAGUGGACAAAAUGUUCAAGCGAAACUAGAAUAUUUCAACAAUGUACCUGACUUCAACAAUUACCUUGUUUAUGUUUUGACCAAGAUGCCUCAAGAACCUCAAUACAACCGUGCUGUGGCUGGGUUGACUCUCAAGAACAACAUUCGAUCGUAUUAUCCUUCUUUCCCUGCUCCAGUUGCCGAUUAUAUUAAGGAAUGUUGUUUACAACACUUGGGUGAUGAAGAAAUUGGAAAAACGGUUAGUCUUGUGAUUGCUGCUAUCAUGGCUCGUGGUCAAGUACAAAACUGGCCUCAUGGUCUUCAAGUCUUAUUGGAAAAGUUGGAUGAUCCUUCUCCAGUUAUGGUUGACCAUGCUCUUGGUACUCUUCAAAAAGUAUGUGAAGAUUGCUCUCGUGAUUUAGAUACAAGUAUUGGUGGUGUUCAACCUUUGGAAUUCAUGAUCCCCAAAUUUAUCAACUUCUUUGACCAUCCUAAUGCUCAACUUCGACUUGCUGCCAUUCGAUGUACUCAGCAAUUCAUUGCUUCACGAUCUGAACCUUUGAUGCGCCGCAUGAAUGAAUUUUUGAGUGCACUCUUCAACCGUGCUACAGAUGAUAGUGUGGAAGUGCGUAGGGCUGUUUGUCAAGCUUUGGUCAAUAUUCUAGAAGUAUGUCCUGAAAACCUCUUACCUCAUAUGCCCAAUUUGGUCGAAUAUAUGCUCUAUUGUACUAUGUCUGAUGAUGAAGACCUUGCCUUGGAGGCCUGUGAAUUCUGGUUAGUAUUUGCUGAACAAGAUAGUCUCCGUGAUCAAUUCCAAGGUUAUCUUCCUAAAGUCAUUCCUGUUCUACUCAAGUGUAUGGUGUACUCUGAAACUGAUCUCUUAAUUAUGGGUGGUGAUGAUGAUGAUGCUCAUGUAGCUGACAGUGAACAAGAUAUCAAACCUCGAUUCCAUAAAGCCAAUGUGGUGGAAGUUGAACGUGCCGAUAAGAACGAUUUGGAGGAAGGUGGUGCUCAAAAGAAGAAGAAUGGUCUUUUGGAUGGUGACAAUGCUGACGAUGAUGAAGAUGAAGAUGAUGAUGACUAUGAUUUGGAUGAUGACGAUGAUAUGUAUGGUGAAUGGAACUUGCGCAAGUGUAGUGCUGCCGCUUUGGAUAUUAUCUGUACUGCUUUUGAAGGGGAAGCCAUUCAAUUAUUGAUGCCUUUGUUAAAGACAGAAUUGGAAAGUAGUGAUUGGCUUCAUCGUGAAUGUGGGAUUUUGGCCUUGGGUGCUGCUGCUGAAGGUGGAUUGCAUGAAAUUGCUCCUCAUCUCCCUGAAUUGGUACCUUAUUUAUUGACCAAUUUGAAUGAUUCAAAGCCUUUGGUACGAUCUAUCACAUGCUGGACUCUUGGUCGAUUCGCACAAUGGAUUAUUGAAGCUAGUCAACAAAGCCCUGAAGCUCGAAAACAUUAUUUAGAAACAUUGGUGCAACAAAUGUUACAACGUAUUUUGGAUAACAACAAACGUGUACAGGAAGCUGCUUGCUCGUCCUUCUCCCUAUUAGAAGAGGAAGCCACCACUGACAUGAUACCUUAUUUACAACCCAUUUUGGCCACUUUAUCUACUGCUUUUGAAAAGUACCAACGUCACAACGUGUUACUUCUUUAUGAUACUCUUGGUACUUUAGCUGACGCUGUUGGUGAAGCUUUGGGUGCUCCCCAAUAUAUUGAUAUGGUGAUGAAACCUCUUAUUACUAAAUGGCAAGAAACUCCAGAUGACAAUACUGACCUUUUCCCACUUCUAGAGUGUCUUUCAUCUGUUACAACUGCUCUUGGUAAAAACUUCAAACCUUUCGCUGAACCGAUCUAUGUUCGUUGUGUGAACCUUGUUUGCAAGACUUUGGAAGAAUGUCAGUUAGCUGCGCAUAACCCUGCUAUGGAAGAACCUGACAAGGACUUUAUGAUUGUUGCUUUGGAUCUGUUAUCUGGUAUUGUACAAGCUCUUAAUACUGAUGCUGAACCUCUAGUGGCCAACACUCAACCUCCUGUUGUUCAAUUUUUAUCUAUGUGUAUCAACGAUGAAGUUGCAGAAGUACGUCAAUCAUCCUAUGCUUUGUUGGGUGAUCUUGCCAUCUCUUGUUUCGAACAUAUUAGAGCUGUUGUUCCUCAAUUCAUGCCACUUAUUCUUCAACAAAUCGAUCCUCAAGCUGAAUCUCCUUCUGUUUGUAACAAUGCUACCUGGGCUGCUGGUGAAAUCACCAUCAAACUUGGCAAUGAAAUUCAACCUUAUGUAGAACCAUUAUUGCAAAGAUUAUUCCCUUUGAUGGUAAAUCAAAGCAUACAACGAACUUUAUUGGAAAACGUUGCCAUCACCAUUGGUCGUCUUGGUUUGAUCUGUCCUACUAUGGUUGCUCCUCAUCUGGAAAACUUUGUACAUCCUUGGUUGGUAUCUCUUUCACCUGUUAGAGACAACGAAGAAAAGGCAUCCGCUUUCAGUGGUCUUUGUGAAAUGAUUAAAACUAAUCCUGAAGGUGCUUUGAAGGUAUUCCCAUUGCUUUGUACAGCUAUUGCAAACUAUCACAUUGUACCUCAGCCAUUACAAGAAGCAUUUGGAAAUAUUCUUUCUGGAUAUAAGAAUAUGUUUGGUGAACAACAAUGGCAACAAGGUGUUGCUUCCCUUCCUCAAGAAACUAAGACUACGUUACAAGAACGUUAUCAUAUUUGAAUCAAUUCGGUGGCAUAUAAAGGAACUUAAUAUCAACACAAUCUUUUAAUUUGUCCCUUCUCCUUCCUCUCCUUCUCAUUCUCUUUUUCACUCAUAUUCUUUCGUCCUUUUUUACCCUUUUUUUUUCUGACAACUUUUUUCUUUUUGUCUCAUUAUUUUUAUAUUACUUUUUGUUCUUCCUUUUUGUUCCUUCUUAUAUGGUUCAAUGUUGGAGAAUAUAUUCUCCUUUUUUUUUUU